AUAAAAAUAAAUAUUCUCGAUUAAUAUUCGCUAGAUGACAGUAUGUGCUAAAUCGUCGUUCUAAUCCCCCACAAGUUGACCGUAGAAGAAGAAGAGCUACGGCGAGUCGAAGACAACCUCUAAAUUUCAGAACCUGUCGUUCCUAAUUUGUUUUGUUUUACAGACGUUCGUCACAUAUAUUUGUUUUCGUGUUUAAUGUUAUCGCGAGUCCGUAAAUAAGGCUUGGUGACUGAAAAGACAGUAUUUUCGCGACCACAUUUUAUACCUUACUGCUAGCCUGGCAGCUAAUUGUAAACUGAAUUAUUUUUUUCGACGAAAAAUCGAGAAUGAGAAAUGCCUCUAGCGUUUCAAUAAACGCUAGAGGUGUAAACAACACAUUUUGAAUUGGGAAAGCUGUCGGCAUAUUUUCCUUCGAGAAAGACGACAGCAGAAUGACAGAUGAUAUCGUCCUACUGGAUGUACCUGUCAUUCAGCAGCUCUAUCACUGGGACUGUGGUUUAGCUUGCUCCAGGAUGGUACUCAAGUACUUGCACCCCAUCAGUGAUGAGCAGUUUCAGAAAGCAUGCUGGGAACUGAAAAUGACUGAGAGCGUGUGGACGAUUGACCUGGCCUACCUCAUGGGCCAUCUAGGAAUCAAGCAUUGCUUUUGCACACAGACGCUGGGAGUUGAUAAGGGCUUUAGGAAUCAGUCCUUUUAUAGGAAACAUUUUGAUACCGAGGAAGAUCGAGUUAAUGAACUUUUCCUUAAAGCAGAGAGCAAAGGCGUGGUUGUGAAAAAAUGCUCUGUGACCAUUCAGGAAAUCGAGUCUCAUCUCGAAGAGAACCAUGUUGCCAUCGUGCUCAUCAAUGCUGUCAUCCUCACGUGUGAACUUUGCUCUGCGUCCGUCAAAUACUGCUGCUUCCUCCCUGUGGGCCAAAAGUGUUUCUGCAGGAAGCCAGAGUAUCAGGGGCAUUUUGUUGUGCUCCGCGGCUUCAACAGGACUACUGGCUGCAUCUUGUACAACAACCCUGCAUAUUCUGACCGCGUCUGCUGCACCACUGUCCGUAACUUUGAGGAGGCUCGUCGGAGCUACGGGACAGAUGAGGACAUCCUCUUUAUCUUUAAAGCCAGCUGAUAUGGAUUUCACGCCACCUCAUGCACAUGGUGAACUUGGUGAGCAAGUCCUGCUUUACCUCCAUCUCGCCACCACCAGUGGCGCGAAUGAGUCCAGCCGUCAUUAAACGUGAAAAAGACUUCAACGACCGUAUUUCCUCUUUUACAACCAACACCACUGAGCCUGUAUAAGGAAUGAACUCAAUAGGUGAUGCUGGUUUAUUUAUUUUUUUAAUUGUGCUUUUUUUUUUUUUGUUUUUUGAGAUGAGCAGAUCAUUUUACUAUGAAUAUACAGUAAGGAUUUUUGACUGUCUUGCUUUUCUUGAACUUGACAGGAGUAUUCCAAGACAACAGAUGAAUUGUCAUACUGACCUUGCUUAGUUUAGGUCUAUGGGAAGUGGUGAACACGUUAUUCAGGUUUUAGGAUGUCAAGGUUACUUUAAUUCAUAGAUGUGUGUUUUUCAUGUCAACACUACUAUUUUAAGUCCUGCUAACACAGCUUUGUGUCACAUUUUGCUUACGAUAAUUGGAACAGGGAAACUGGUUGGUCUUUGAAAUUCUCAGGUAAUGAAAAUCUGCCUUAAAACAAUAAUAAGCCGAUGGAUGCUGUCAAAGGUAUAUUCAUUUAACAAUAUGUUUAUUGUUAAAUAUUGUAGUUGCAGUGCAGGUGUAAAACAGUAUCAUAGAAAUGGUAAUUCCAAUAUUUUGUUUCCAUGAAAGGGUAACACUUUAUGAUAAAAUCACACUGAGCAUGUAUUUACGAUUAGCAAUGUAAUGGGAGUAUUUGCCAUUGCGCGUAUGUCAAAUGUCAAGAAUGCAUAGAUAGAUGAAUGGGCUCGUGUGAGAAAAUUCAGGUGCACCCAAUUAGGUUUCCUUUGAGUGUAUAUUAUGAACCAAUCUCAGAUUUUAUUCCGCCUCAAGGGAAGUUGGAUUCCAUGAAAUAUUCCAAAGCAGAAGCCGCCUAAAGAACAUGCUUGAAGAUCAUGAACUCA